GCGGCCAUGGAGCCCCCGUCCUGGUCGCUGCCGCUGUGGCCGCCGCUGAGCGCGUACGCGGAGCAGCGGGGGCUCUUCCCGCUCCUGCAGAACAUGCUUGAAGAUUUAUUAAUUCAUAAGCCAGAGGACCCCAUUCAGUAUAUGAUAAACUAUUUAAAGGAAAACAACGAUGAUGCUCCACGAAUUUGUAUACUUGGACCGCCUGCUUCUGGGAAAACCACAGUUGCAAUGUGGCUUUGUAAACAUUUGGAUGCCAUACGUAUCUCUCAGGAGACUUUGUUAUUCAAGGAAACAUUACCACUGACAAAAGAAGCAAAGGCAUAUAAAGAAAGAAAGCAGAAAAUCCCCAACGCGCUUUGGGCCAAUCUGAUCCAGGAACGUCUGUCAAACGUGGACUGCAUCAAACAAGGUUGGAUUUUGGAAGGCUUCCCUGAAAACCAGGAGCAGGCAUGGAUGCUGCAGUCAUCUGGCAUCAUUCCUGUGCAUGUUGUUGUGCUUUACGCUCCAGACACUGUCCUGAUUGAGCGGAACAGUGGGAAGAGGCUCGAUCCCGUCACAGAAGAGGUGUUCCACACGACCUUCGACUGGCCGCGUGACCCUUGGGUGCAGCAGCGCUUGGUGAAGCCAGAAGAUACAUCUGAGCAAGAGAUAUCCAAGAAGCUGCUGGAGUAUCACAGGAGCUUUCCUGGACUCUUCCAGACCUAUCAAAAAAUUCUGAAAUCAAUCAAUGCAGACCAGCCUUGCAUGGAUGUUGUAUCACAGGCUCUCACCUAUGUCCAAACACGGCACCGAUCGGCUGCCCCCUUCACACCACGGAUUCUCUUUUGUGGACCCCCAGGAAGUGGGAAGCGCCUGCAGGCAGCACUAAUAGCUGAGAAAUACGGCAUUGUCAACAUUUGCUGUGGGCAACUGCUAAAGGAAGCUGUUGCAGAGAAGACAAAACUUGGAGAACUCGUUAAGACUUAUUUUGACGAUGACCGCCCAGUCCCAGACAACCUUGUUGUAAAGAUCGUGGCAAAGCGGCUGAACACACUCGACUGCGUGACCAACGGUUGGGUGCUUUGUGGUUUCCCAAGAGACAUAGAACAGGGAGAACAGCUGCAAAGAGCAGGAAUUAUUCCAAACAGGGUAUUCUUCUUCAAUCUCCCCUACGAGUCUAUCAUGGAGCGCCUCUCUCAGCGGAGGAUUGAUCCAGUCACCGGGGAAAGGUAUCACACGACAUUCAGACCAGCUCCAGCUCUGGAGAUCCAGGCCCGGCUCCUGCAGAACCCUAAGGACAAAGAAGAAAAUAUUGAGAGGCGCCUGGAAGCCUAUUACAGAAACGCCAAGGACCUGGAGGAGUUUUAUGAAGAUGCCUUUUACAUCAACGCUGACCAAGACCCUCGAGUUGUCUUCGAGUUUAUAGAAAGCUGUAUCAUUAAACCCCUUCCACGUAAGUCCUAACUUAGGGGAAAAAACGGUUUGUCUUGUUUGGCAUAUGCCGUUAAAUCACAAUUUCAAUCGUAGAAUUGCAGUAUGAACAAAAAAUGUAAAAGGCUUCUUAUGAACAAGGAUGAAUCUUGAAAUCUCUUAUGUGGACACUUAAG